CCUCGCGCAGUGUGACGUAGGCGGAAGUGAGGCGCGCCGGAGCUUCACUCCCUCAUUCCCUACUGUCACUGUAUCAGAACACGAUACAACACACUUUAUCCGACAACAUUGGGCUGAUUGAAACCAAACGUCGCUUCUGAUCGCCGCAUGUUUGAAGCCUGCGGGAUGCUGCUGGACGAGACGCCACUGUUUGACCCUUCGUUGCUCCAGGAGCUGGACUGGAGUAGCAGCGUUGUGUCCUUCUCACCCUCCAUCUCACCCUUAAAUCCCGGAGACAGCCUCGUCCUCCGUCCUCUCCACCUCGCCGACUUAGACAGAGGACUCUAUAAGGUCCUGUCGCAGCUCACGGUGGCAGGAGACGUCACGAAAGAGCAGUUCAGAGCGAAUUUUGAACACAUGAAGAAAACCGGCGACUAUUACGUCAUCGUGGUCGAGGACACGAACGUUGGGCAGAUCGUUGCCACGGCGAUGCUGAUCAUAGAGCACAAAUUCAUUCAUGGGUGUGCAAAGCGAGGGCGUGUCGAGGAGGUGGUGGUCAGUGACGUCUGCAGAGGAAAACAGCUGGGAAAACUGCUCGUCGCGGUGUUGACUCUGCUCAGCAAAAAACUGCAGUGUUACAAGAUCACGCUGGAGUGCGCGCAGAAGAACGUUGAAUUCUACAAGAAGCUGGGAUACACGCCCUCCGACGAAACCUACAUGCAGUGUCGCUUCUUCGAGUGAGCCCCUAGGGGACGCUGCGCAUAAGGAGCGGGUGGUUCCUGAUAUCCGAGCUCGCACUGACUGUACGCGGGAUUAACCUUGCUGAUUUUCCAUAAGAACGGACCGAGACUUGGCCCCAGUCAGGGUCAAACAAAAUCAACCAAAUCUACAGCAUGAUGAAGGAUCAUAGGUAUAGAAUAUAAAGUCCCAGUCACUAAUGCUCUCAGAAGGUCUGUUUUUUUUUUCGCUUGGUCAUUUUGUUAAGUCAUUUAUGCUGGAAAAAUUAAGGUACUUGAAAUAUUUUCGUAAAAAACAUACUUUUCUAUAUGGUAAUUUAUAUUUUUCUUAUAAUAAACAGUACCAAAAUAUUCUCUGAGGAAGAACGAAGACCUUAAAUAUGCUUUGCUUAUUUAUACAUGAUCAUUUUGCAUACGUUUUCCCCUCAAAAAAACAAACACACUACAAAUGUAGUCGAUCAGCUGGAAGUUUACCUGGUAGCUUUAAUCGGCACAACUAAAGACGCAUGGCUCGCAGUGGCUCAGUUUCUUCUCUUUUUUUAUAAAUGCUGUUGAAGAAGAAGCAGAAGAAGAAAGUCAUGGCUACAAAUUCCAGACCCUCUGUAGAGUUUACAUUCACAACCAGAAGCUGAGUUUAAUGCACUUUAGCCGGUUUCUGUCAGACCGUACUGCCGAUAUCUUUUCCUAUUACGCUAAUCUCUAAAGGCUUUCCUCACUGUUUACAAGAUAUAUUACAUAUUACAAUCAGUAAUAUGUGGCACAUGUCCAGCCGUGAUCGCAACUUUCGUUAAUAAACAUUAUUUAUUAGCAAACUAUAAACCAGAGACUGUGGAUUGAAACUGAUGACAAAUAAUAUAUAUUCCUAUCAAGUAAUGGUACACUACCUAACAUUUAUUUUUUAUAUCCUAAAUGUAAUAGAGAUACUUGGGAUGUUUCUAUACUGUACAAUGCAGCAUUUUAUUUCUUUUCUUAUGUAAAUGCUCUGAAAGGGGGAUAUGGGUAAAAAGUGAAAAAAAUCCAAUUAAAAAAGCUUUUCUGUUUA